AUGCGUCUCGCCUACCUCGUCCUCCCGCUCAUGGCGGGUGCGGCAGUGGCCCAGCACGGCCCGCAGUCCAACAACCACAGGCGACACCACGGCAAGCUUGUUGCACGCCAGGACAACAGCACCGCGGCCGAAGACACGGUCUCGGCUGCUGCCGAGGUGGUGUCUUCGACGUCUACAGCUGUCGUUACCUCGUCGCCUGUCCAGAACGCCGUUACCACGACGUCUGACGCAGGCGGUACUACGACCCAGCGCGCCGGUGUCACGUCAAAGAGCACACCUGCUGCCGUGUCGUCGACUGAUGACGUUGUUGCGGCUGCGUCUAGCAGCAGCAGCAGCUCCAGUUCCAGCUCCAGCCAGGUCGUUGCCGCCGUCACAGAGUCUACUACGUCAGCCCUCACGACUUCAAGUGCUGUUGUCGCCACGACCUCUUCGGUUGUUGCGUCAACCACAGCCGCCGCGGUGACUACGGAUGUCGGAACAACUGCCACAGCGUCUGCACUUACAUCGUCUGUGUCACACACGUCGAGCAUCAAGGCGACAACCGUGACCUCGACCAAGACGUCUGCUUCAGCCACGUCCGCAGCUGCAGACAGCUCGUCGUCGUCGACCGGUAUCGCCAAGAAGGCUCUGAUUGCGAUCAUCGUUGUGGCCUCGGUUGUCGGUGCCGCUGCCAUCGGCUGGACCUUGUUCCGCAAGUGGAAGCUCCGCCCCUCAAACCGCUUCGACUCGCGUAUGCAGCCCAUCGACUUUUCGCCCAACGGCGGCGACAUGCACGACGACUUUAUCGAAAAGACCCUCCAGCGUUCGGCGUCUGUCACGUCGGCCGACCGCCAGCGCCAGGAGUUUGUCGCCGACCUCGAGCACGACCACAACAGCCUCACCCACGGUAUCCCCGAGCACGACUUUACGGCCGGUACCGCCGCUGGCGCCGUCACGUACGGCCACUAUGACCCGGACCCGUACGAGCAUGACCCGUACUCGCGUUCCCCUGGUGCCUACGACUUUUCAAACCCCACGGGCGGCGACUACGACUACCCGGCUGCCCCCGAGGCCGCCGCUGCUGGUUACCCGUCCCAGCACCAGCAGCACCUCGAGCAGCAGCAGUACUACAGCCAGGACUACCCGACGCAGGACUCGGGCCACCACGGCCACGACGACGGCUAUGCCAACCUCCAGCGCGGCCCUUCGGUCAACGCGGGUGACUUUAGCGCCCCGCCCGUCAGCAGCAGGCCAUUCGACCCCCUCGCCGGAUCAGAUUUCGCAGUGGGAGCAGGCGGCCGUCCCACUGGCGGCCAGCACGGCGCUGAGGGCCCCUACGCUCAGGCUGCCACUUACAGGUACUAG